AUGCCUUUGCCUUGGAUAGCGAGCCUGUCGCUAGGCUUGCUGGCUCUGUAUGUCUUGAAACGAGCAAUAUUGGAUAAGAAAGUGCCCGGCCUACUUCCACCAGGGCCUCGGCCUAAGCCAGUUUUGGGUAACCUUGCCGAUUUGCCCCCAAAAGGCGAACGAGACUGGAUGCAUUGGGUUAAACACAAAGAGCUCUAUGGGCCAAUUAGUUCUCUUAGAGUAUUGGGGCAGACAAUCGUUAUUAUCAACGACAUGAAAACUACGGUGGAUCUGCUAAAUAAACGGUCGGCUAUUUACUCGUCGAGGCCAAAGAUGGUCUUUGCAUCUGAGAUGGUGGGAUGGGAAAAUGGUCUGGCUUUCCAAGGUUACACUGAAAAAUUCCGUGCCUAUCGCAAGGCAGUACAGCCAUCAUUUGGAUCCGAGUCAGCUGUUGCGCAGUUUAACGGACUUCAAGAGAAAGAAGUGCUCCGUUUCUUACUACGAGUACUGCGAGACCCAGUGAACUUUAUCCAGCACAUCCAAACAGAAGCAGGGGCCGUUAUUUUGAACAUAGCCUAUGGCUACACCAUUGAGCCAUUCAAGCGUGAUCACUUAGUGCACAUUACCAAUCUGUGCCUGGAUCAGUUCGCCAAAGCGGCGACCCCUGGAACUUGGAUGGUAGAUAUUGUCCCAGCGUUGAAACAUAUCCCUGCUUGGUUCCCAGGGGCAGGCUUCAAACACAUAGCUCAAGCGUGGAGGGAGCAAUUGAUCGGGAUAGCGGACAGACCUUAUGCGUUCGUGAAAGCACAGAUGGCUAGCGGCAAGUAUAAACCAUCAUACUUGUCAAACAUCUUCAACGCGCACGGGGUUCCUCAACCAGGUUCGGAGAAAGAGAUCAUUGCAAAAUGGACCGCUGCGUCACUUUAUACUGGCGGCGCUGACACGACCGUGUCAUCGAUCGAAUGCUUCUUCCUGGCUAUGGCCCUAUAUCCCGAGGUCCAGCGCAAGGCCCAGGAUGAGAUUGAGCGUGUUCUUGGACCCGGACGCCUACCGACAAUGGCAGAUCGUGUUCAUCUUCCCUAUAUUAAUGCUGUAGUCAAAGAGGUUCUUCGCUGGCACCCCGUGGCACCCAUGGCCAUACCUCAUUUGUCAACAGAGGAUGAUACUUGGGGGGAGUACUUCAUUCCUAAGGGCUCUUUGGUCAUGCCUAAUAUUUGGGCUAUGAUGCACGACCCAGAAAACUAUCAUGACCCCAUGACUUUUAAGCCUGAGAGAUUCCUUGAGACAGAAGGACACGAACCAGAGAUGGAUCCCCACUCUAUUGUCUUUGGGUUCGGGCGUCGAAUAUGCCCUGGCCGAUUCCUGGCAGAUAACACAGUAUAUCUGAGCGUGGCGCAGACCCUGGCAGUCUUCAACAUCAGCAACGCUACACAAGACGGGGUGCCUAUCAAACAGAGUCCAGCAUUUGAGCCAGGGGUGAUCAGCCAUCCGGCACCAUUCCAAUGUUCGAUCGCAGUUCGUGGUCCGUCUGAGGAGGAACUUAUACUCUCUGUUGAGCAAGAGCACCCAUGGGAACCAAGUGAUGCAUACGACCUUGAAAAGCUCCGGUAUUGA